AUGCAGAGAGGCAAUCACAGUGUGUCUUUCUUGGGCCCAUUUACUAGAGAGCGUGGACUGAAAAUUUUAGAGAGAAUACUGGAUGAGAGAUUAAGAGUUAUUGUAAAGGUCGGGAAACAGCAGUAUGGAUUCAUGAGAGGAAGAGGGAUGGUGGAUGCCAUCUUCAUAGUCAGGGAUGUGUUAAGUGAAGAGAUCAGGAAUGAAGAGUUGUGGGAGUUGUUGUAUGGUGAUGAUCUGGUGAUUACUGCUGAAAAUGAAGAGGACCAACAGAGAAGGGUUAGAGGGUGGCAGGAGUCCUUAGAGAGGGGUGGCUUAAAGGUCAGUGUGAAUAAAACAAGAGGAUUUGCUGAGCACUAG